AUGGAAGAAGACAGAAUCAGCCAACUCCCAGACGAAAUUCUCCUACAAAUCCUGUCUUUUACGGACAUCCACGAAGCCAUUCAGACAAGCAUCUUGUCCAGGAGAUGGAAAAACCUCUGGCACUCCCUCUCCGAUCUCCACUUCCACCUCACCCGCUUCGCCGCCCACACCCACUCCCCCUUAAACAAUUACAAAGCCGCCCAAGCCACCUCCCACCACUUCUCCGACUUCAUCUCCCACUUCCUCUCCCACAGCGACAACGCCACCUCCAUCCGCAGCUUCCUCCUCUCAUUUGACAGCCUUUUCGUCCGCACAUCCGCACCAUUCAUAGAGAAGUGCGUGUACUACGCCCUCCAUCACGGCGUUCAGUCCCUCUCCCUCCGCCUCCGCACAUACUACUACCACCACGAGCCCAUCUUGUUCGCCUCCGAAAGCCUACAAGAACUCGAGCUGACGCAGAUCAAGAACACCGCUUAUUUCCCUUCAUGCUUCUCCUUCCCACAUUUGAAAACCCUUUGUCUCCAAGGAUAUUACUUCACCAGCCAUAUUGAUACUGACCUUAAGGAGCCUUUUUCUGGUUUCCCGGAGCUGGAGAAGCUUACUCUGCGCCACUGUUCAUGUAUUGUUUCCCGGAUUGUUGUGAAAGCUCCGAGCCUUCGGUUUCUUGAAAUUAUUGAUGAUACCGAGAGUGUUAAUCUCCAUCAAGAGAGGAGAAUGGGAGAGAUUUCUGCUCCGUUGCUUACAUGCUUUAGAUAUGAGGGGCUUUGUGCUUUUGAAUGUUUGAAGGUUGAUUUUCCAAUGUUGGAGGAAGUCUAUUUUGACGUUUAUAGAAGAGUCAACGUGAGAGGGAUGGAUCUCAGAUGUGUUAGUAUGCUUCACCAGUUUGGAAAUGCUACAACUGUUGUAUUGACUUUGGACACCCUCGAGGUUAUCAAAUCGGAUGGUGAUUUCAUUGAGCAAAGCCCUUCUCCAUUUCCCAACAUGAAACGUCUGAAAUUGAUCAAAGGGCGUUGGGAUAUUUCUACAGUGCUACAAUGCGUGAUGAGUUACUUGACUGUAAAAACUUUGCAUUGUGACUCAUUUACGAUGGAGGUACCUCACGGUGUGGAUGUGGUUGAACACAAUUUGUCCGACAGUGAUGACGGCGGCGCUGAUUUACUUCAACUACUUCAACGUAUGUUUGAAUAG